CCCUCCUUCCCCCGAGAUGGAGCGUGUGUGGACGCUGUGGCUCGGGCUGGCGCUGGGGUUCCCGGUGGUGAGCGCUCACCCUCAGCCCUGCGGGGUCCCCGCGCGCGCCGGGGGCUCCGUGCGCCUGGCCGCGCUCCUGCCCCGCGCGCCCGCCGCCCGCGCCCGCGUCCUGGCCGCUCUGGCCAGCCCUGCUCCUCGGCUGCCGAACAACCUGAGUCUGGAACUGGUGACGGUCGCGUCCCCCGAGCGGGACCCCGCGUCGCUGGCCCGGGGUCUGUGUCAGGUCCUGGCACCGCCCGGCGUGGUGGCCUCGAUAGCCUUUCCCGAGGCACGGCCGGAGCUGCGGCUGCUGCAGUUCCUGGCGGCCGCCACCGAGACCCCGGUGCUGAGCGUCCUGCGGAGGGAGGCGCGCGCGCCCCUCGGAGCCCCGACCCCGUUCCAUCUGCAGCUGGACUGGGCCAGCCCCCUGGAGACCAUCCUGGACGUGCUGGUGUCCCUGCUACAGGCACAUGCCUGGGAAGACAUCGCUCUCGUCCUCUGCCGUGUCCGGGACCCUGCUGGCCUCGUGACACUGUGGACUAGCCGUGCUGGCCAGCCCCCAAAGUUUGUGCUGGACCUGGCCCGGCUGGACGGUGGGAAUGGCAGCCUUCAGGCUGGCCUGGCCCUGCUGGGGCCUCCAGAGGGAAGGGAAGGCCCGGUGCCUGCGGCCGUCCUCCUCGGUUGCAGCGCUGCCCACGCUCGGGAGGUCCUAGAGGCCGCACCGCCAGGUACCCAGUGGCUGCUCGGCACACCACUCUCUGCGGAGGCACUGCCCACAGCUGGCCUGCCCCCUGGCGUGCUGGCGCUGGGAGAAACCGAGCGACCCUCCCUGGAAGCUGCCGUUCACGACACGGUGGAGCUGGUGGCUCGGGCACUCAGCCGCAUGGCCCUUGUGCACCCAGAGCGCGCCCUGCUUCCAGAUGGGGUCAACUGUGAGGCCCUGAAAACCGUGGGGUCCAAGUCGCCAGGGCGCACCUUGGCUGGGUUCCUGAGCAACACGUCCUUCCAGGGCCACACCGGGGCUGUGCGGGUGGCAGGAUCUUCUCAGGUGCUCGUGUCUCGGCAUUUCAGGGUGUGGAGCCUGCGCCGGGACCCGCUGGGGGCCCCAGCCUGGGCAACGGUGGGCAGCUGGCGGGAUGGACAGCUGGACUUCCAGCCGGGGGCGGCGGCCGGCCGAGUGCCGUCUCCGCCUGGUCCCCAAGCGCGGCCGAAGCUGCGGGUGGUGACCCUGGUGGAGCACCCGUUUGUAUUCACCAGGGAAUCCGACGAGGACGGGCAGUGCCCGGCUGGGCAGCUGUGCCUAGACCCGGGCACCAACCACUCGGCCAGGCUGGACGCGCUGUUCGCGGCGCUGGCCAACGGCUCGGCGCCCCGCCCGCUGCGGAGGUGCUGCUACGGCUACUGCAUCGACCUGCUGGAGCGGCUGGCCGAGGACCUGGCCUUCGACUUCGAGCUGUAUAUUGUGGGCGACGGCAAGUAUGGGGCCCUGCGUGACGGGCGCUGGACCGGCCUGGUGGGCGACCUGCUGGCCGGCCGGGCGCACAUGGCGGUGACCAGCUUCAGCAUCAACUCGGCUCGCUCGCGGGUGGUGGAUUUCACCAGCCCCUUCUUCUCCACCAGCCUGGGCAUCAUGGUCCGCGCGCGGGACACGGCCUCGCCCAUCGGGGCCUUCAUGUGGCCCCUGCACUGGUCCAUGUGGGUGGGCGUCUUCGCCGCCCUGCACCUCACGGCGCUCUUCCUCACCCUGUACGAGUGGCGGAGCCCCUACGGGCUCACGCCGCGCGGCCGCAACCGCGGCACGGUCUUCUCCUACUCCUCCGCGCUCAACCUGUGCUACGCCAUCCUCUUCGGGCGCACGGUCUCCAGCAAGACCCCCAAGUGCCCCACCGGGCGCUUCCUCAUGAACCUCUGGGCCAUCUUCUGUCUCCUGGUGCUGUCCAGCUACACGGCCAACCUGGCGGCCGUCAUGGUGGGCGACAAGACCUUCGAGGAGCUGUCUGGGAUCCACGACCCCAAGCUGCACCACCCCUCCCAAGGCUUCCGCUUCGGCACGGUGUGGGAGAGCAGCGCCGAGGCCUACAUCAAGGCCAGCUUCCCCGAGAUGCACGCGCACAUGCGGCGCCACAGCGCGCCCACCACGCCGCACGGGGUGGCCAUGCUCACGAGCGAGCCGCCCAAGCUCAACGCCUUCAUCAUGGACAAGUCGCUGCUGGACUAUGAGGUGUCCAUCGACGCGGACUGCCGGCUGCUCACCGUGGGCAAGCCGUUCGCCAUCGAGGGCUACGGCAUAGGGCUGCCCCAGAACUCGCCGCUCACCUCCAACCUGUCCGAGUUCAUUAGCCGGUACAAGUCCUCAGGCUUCAUCGACCUGCUCCACGACAAGUGGUACAAGAUGGUGCCGUGCGGGAAGCGGGCGUUCGCCGUGACGGAGACGCUGCAGAUGGGCGUAGACCACUUCUCGGGGCUCUUCGUGCUGCUGUGCCUCGGGCUGGGCAGCGCGCUCCUCAGCUCGCUGGGCGAGCACGUCUUCUUCCGCCUGGUGCUGCCGCGCAUCCGCCGGGGCCACAGGCUGCAGUACUGGCUGCACACGAGCCAGAAGAUCCACCGGGCCCUCAACACCGAGCCGCUCGCGGGGCCGCAGGAGGGAGCGGAGGAGCGCAGCGGCCCGGAGGAGCAGCCCCGAGCGGCCGAGGGCGCAGCGCGCUGGCGGAGGGCGCGGCGGGCGCUGGAGCGGGAGCGGCGCGUGCGCUUCGGGCCGCAGCCGGGCGAGGCGGGCCCCCCGCUCUGCCCCAACGGGCCGGGGCCGCAGGCCGAGCUGCGGGAGCUGGAGCGGCGCAUCGAGGCGGCGCGGGAGAGGCUGCGCGACGCGCUGCUGCGGCGCGGGGAGCUGCGGGCCCGGCUGGGCGACGGGGCGCGCCUCCGGCCGCUGCGCUUGCUGCGGGCGCCGCCCGCGGGGAGCUGAGAGCCACAGGCCGCGCUGUCCACGACAGUUUAUUCUAUAU